GAAAAAUUGUUUGAUAGUGAAGAUUUCAUUCCUCUUGAUAGAUGGCAAAAAAUGUUCCACUACAUUUAGUUUUAUCUAUAAAUACCUCUCCAUGCACUCAAAAGGCUCCUCAUUCCUCCAUCCGACAAUGACAUCCUUAGCAACAAAGUCACUUCCCAACCAGUUCGUUUCAUUCCAAAUCCUCUCUUUUUCCCUCAUCAUCAUCAUCCUUGCAGCGGUCUUCCCUUUUACAUCUACUACUUUUGCUUCUUCUGCAACUACAAAAGAAGAAGUACCUAAAGCCGCAGCUCUCUUGAAGUGGAAAGCUAGCCUUGACAACCAAAGCCAAUCUCUCCUGUCAUCCGGGGUGGUAGGAAGCAACCACUGCGGUUGGACGGGAAUUGGUUGCAACAAUGCUUAUAGAGUCUCCCGUAAACUUGACGAGUUACGGUUUGAGAGGUACGCUUUCAAAUUUUAAGUUCUCAGCCUUCCCUUAUCUUCUCGGCCUUGAUCUUUUUAACAACUCACUAUAUGGUACCAUCCCCUCCCAUAUUGGAAGUCUUUGGAGACUUACGUAUCUUAGAUUGUCCGCCAACCAUUUCUCUGGAUCUUUUUCUUCUGGAAUAUACCAACUGAUUAACCUCAGAACCUUAUACAUGAGCAGAACCCAAAUAGCUGGCUCUAUCCCCCAAGAAAUAGGAUUGCUCAGCUCUCUCAAUGAGCUGAGUUUGUAUACUAACAAUCUCACUUGUUCGAUCCCUCCUUCUAUUGGAAACUUGAGUAGUUUAAAAAUUUUGUGGCUGCACGAAAAUAUGCUUUCUGGACACAUUCCUUCCACUAUUGGGAACUUGACCAAGCUCAAGAUGUUAGUGUUAUCUCAAAAUCCAUUGUACGGCUCAAUUCCUACGGAGAUAGGAAAUUUGGUUAACCUCUGGGCUUUGAUUAUUCGUGAAACCCAACUUACUGGAUCUAUUCCCCCAAGGUUGAACAAUCUUACACGUGUGGCUGUGUUAUCGAUAGGUGAAAACAAGUUAACCGGUCAUUUACCAGAAAACCUAUGCUUUAGUGGAGUACUUGAAUGGUUAGUUGUAGACAACAACAAUCUCACAGGAAACAUCCCAAAAAGCAUAAAAACUUGUAGUAGCUUAUCCAGAAUCAGGCUUGAUGGAAACCAACUUUUUGGAAAUAUAUCAGAAGAAUUUGGCGUGUUUCCAAACUUGGUUUAUAUUGAUUUGAGUCGUAACAAUUUCUAUGGUGAGCUCUCUCAACAAUGGGGGAAGUGUCAUAAAUUAACUAGUCUCAGAAUGUCAAUCAAUAAUAUUUCUGGAGAGAUACCACCUGGACUAGUAGAGGCAACUCGACUAUCUAGAAUUGACCUCUCUUCGAACCAUCUAGUUGGAGAGAUUCCAGCGAAAUUUGGAACUUUUGUUUCGCUGUUCGAGCUUAAUCUGUACGAUAACCAACUAUCUGGCCACAUUCCUCAAGAACUCGGACGCCUUACCAACCUUGAAAAACUCAACUUGUCAACAAAUAAUCUAAGUGGCUCAAUUCCUAGAGGAUUAGGGAAUUGCUCGAAGCUAUUGUUCUUGAAUUUGAGCAAUAACAGACUUGGGGAUAGCAUUCCUGUAGAACUAUGCCAAAUCCGUAGCCUUCAAAGUCUUGAUCUCUGUUAUAAUGUGCUAUUAGGCAAGAUACCACCACUGAUUGGAGCACUAGGAAAGUUAGAAACAUUGAAUCUCUCCCACAACAAGCUCUACGGUACCAUGCCAUCUGCUUUUGAUGAUAUGUUAAGUUUGACGACGGUUGAUGUAUCCUUCAAUCUAUUGGAGGGUCCUCUUCCUAACAUCAAAGCUUUCCGAGAGGCUCCAUUUGAGGCACUCCAAGGCAACAAAGGUUUAUGCGGCAAUGCCACUGGUUUGGAGGCUUGCACGCCUGAUAAGGUUGUUAGAAAAAAGGGCAAGAAAUUGGUGCUACUGGAUGCACUUCUAGGAGUUCUGCUUUUUUCACUCAUGGUUCUUGGAUUUUGUACGGCUUUACAUAAGAAAGUAAAGAACACAACAAAUGAGCCAAGACAAGUAAAUAAUGAGAAUUUGUUUGCGAUAUGGAGCUACGAUGGAAAAAUGGUGUACGAAAACAUCAUUGAAGUUACUGAGGACUUCAAUGCCAAACAUUGUGUUGGUGAAGGAGGAUGUGGUUCUGUUUGUAGAGCUUCUUUGCCCAAUGGUCAAGUAGUUGCUGUGAAGAAACUUCAUACAUCAUUCAAUGGUGAAUUGGCUGAUCCCAAAAGCUUCAUGAGUGAGAUCAAUGCAUUAACCAAAAUACGACACCGCAACAUUGUAAAGCUUUAUGGGUAUUGUUCACAUCCGAGGCACUCGUUUUUGGUUUAUGAAUUUUUGCAAGGGGGAAGCUUGGGAAAGGUACUGUCCUCAGAGGAACAAGCAGUUGAGUUUGAUUGGAUUAAGUGAGUGAAUGUCGUUAAAGUGGUGGCAGAUGCCCUCUCUUAUAUGCACCACGAUUGUUCACCUCCAAUCAUCCAUCGGGACAUAUCAAGCAAGAAUGUCUUGUUUGAUUCAGAGUACGUGGCUCACGUCUCUGAUUUCGGUGCAGCUAGAUUCAUGAAACCAGACUCGUCCAGCUGGACUUCACUAGUAGGGACUUUUGGUUAUUUUCCUCCAGAACUUGCUUAUACAAUGGAAAUGAAUGAGAAGGUCGACGUUUUUAGUUUUGGGGUGCUAACACUGGAAAUUAUUACGGGGAAGCAUCCCAGCGAUCUCAUCUCCUCUCUACUAUCAUCUUCGUCACCGUCACCUUCGUCAGCACUAUUAACAUCAAACAUGAGUGGGAUAUCGUUGGAGGACUUGUUGGACCGACGCCUCCCAUCUCCUCGGAAUGAAGUGGCGGAGCAACUAGUCGUUGUUGCAAAGCUAGCAUUUGCAUGUUUGAAUGCCAGCCCGCGGUCUCGACCAACCAUGCAGCAAGUUACUAGGAAGCUAUCAUUUCCGGUCCGGUGAUCACAUCUCAGCAAAAUCAGUUCCACAUGGUUACUAUUGGCCAUGCUCCUUGAUACCCACUGCUAGAGUUCACGAGUAUUUGACUCUUCUACAUGGGAAUGUGGUAGUGUCCUUGUUCUGCAUUUUCUACGUUACUACUACGUAUCAGAUCCUCAAUUUCUCCUCAUUUAUGGUGUGUUUUAAGCUCUUUUGUACUCUUUAUUCACGUUAUAGGACUCGCAGAGUACAAUGUUUGUGUAAAAUAAUAAAGUCGAUCGAUCGAAUAACGAUAACUACAUGAUCGAAUCGAAUUUGUAGUGCAAUCCCACAAUUA